AUGGGGAGUACCAAGCUCUGCCUUUUGCUGCUGCUGGGCACAUACACACUAGCCCAGCAAGAUGUUGGAACUGUUGAGGAACAAUCUCCAGUUUGCUUUUUGGCCAAACGAUUCAAGAACUUCAGGCGGUUUGUGUACGACUAUGAAGCUGAGACCUUUAACGGCGUGAAUGGAGCAACAGACGACAAGAGCGGACCCAAAGUCUCCUGCAAAGUUGAGGUUGAUGUGCCCCAGACCUGUAGCUUCAUCCUCCGCACAACGGAGUGCUCUCUGAGCGAGAUCUCUAGUGUGGAUGAACAAGGGAUCCCAAUCUAUCGUCCUGCUGCUGGAGCCGAGGCUUUCAGAGCUGCCAUGGAGAAGAACCCCUUGAAGAUCACAGUUGAAGGACAGACCGUUGUCCAGCUCUACCCUGAGGAUGAUGAGCCUGUCAACAUCCUGAACAUCAAGAGGGGAAUUGUCUCUGCUCUCAUCGUGCCAGUAAUGGAAGAGGAGAGGAACAAGCAAAUGUCCACCGUGCAUGGAGUGUGCCCUACUGAUUUCACCGUCAACACCAGAGAGGACAUCGCCACUGAUGUGACCGUGAGCAGGGAUCUUUCCAAAUGUGACUCGUUCUUUGCCCGCAGGCAGCACACCAGUCCUCUGGCCCUCAUCACCGGCAUGAACUACCCUCUGUCCAAGAUGAUUAGCAGCACACAGACUUGCGACUACAAGUUUGACAACCAGAAGAAGCACAUGACCAGUGGAGUCUGCACAGAGAAACACAUCUUCCUGCCCCUGUCCCACAAGAGUGAAUAUGGCAUUUCAACCAUUGUGAAGCAGACUGUGACUCUGACAGAGACCGCCAAGAUCAACGACAGAAUCUUUGACCGCAAUGAGGACAACGUCAGGGACCUGUCCAUGGACGUUGCUGAUGACAAGUCCCCCGUCCAGACCAAGGAUGCUGCCAUCGCCACAUUCCAGGAGCUGAACACUCUGUCACAGACCACCCAGGGCGAGGAGCGUGCCAGCAUCUUCCACAAGCUGGUGUCCGAGCUGCGCGUCCUGAACGCCGAUAUCGUGGGAUCUGCUGCUGUUGAGAUGAUGGACAUGUCCAGCUCUCUGACAUGGCAAGCUCUGGCUCAGUGUGGCACCCCCGAGUGCACCAGCGCCAUGCUGAAGGUUCUCAGGACCUUUGACGAGGCUGCUCUUGAGGUUGAUGCUGCCGUCUACGCCCUGGGACUCCUGCCCAACCCCUCCCGCCUCAUGGUGAAAGACAUGCUGGCAAUGGCUCAGUACAAGCAGAGCAAACCCAUCAUGUAUGCUCUGAGCAAUGCAGUCAGGAAACUGUACCAGGCUGAGGGAGUCACCCCUGAGAUCACUGCUGUCUCCGACUUCAUGAAUUCCCUCCUGGGCGCAGACUGUGCUGGGGAGAAAGAUCUGACCUUCAUGACCUUGAGGGUCGUUGGUAACAUGGGAGAUGCGAUGGAGGCUGCUGAUGCUGCUAUUAAGACCACACUGAUGAAGUGCAUGAGACAGCCUGCAACCACACUGUCUGUGCAGCUGGCCGCCAUCCAGGCUUUCAGACGCAUGUCUGUGACAGAUGAGGUUCGCUCUAACCUCCAGAGGGUAAGCCAGUACCCCAAGGGUGCCGUGCAGAAGCGCUUGGCCGCUUACCUGAUCCUGAUGAGGAACCCCCAGGACAGUGACAUUGAGAUGGUGAAGAAGCUGGUCACACAGGAGCAGAACACACAGAUCAAGUCCUUUGUGACUUCCCACGUCUACAACAUCAUUUCCUCCGCUGACUCAGAGAUGCAGAUUAUUGGCAAGAAGAUCAUGGAUGCCCUGCAGGAAAAUGAGGUCGAGACCCACAACGAAUACACCACCAAGUCUCGCAACUACAAGCUGGGUAUGGCAUAUGAGAACAUGGGUGCCAGCGCUCAGGGCCACGUUGUCUUUGAUUCCAGCAACCAGCUGCCAAGGGAGGUCCUGCUGGAAACUACCCUGAAAGCUUUUGGUUUCAACAUGGAUGUUUGGGAGAUUGGUAUGCAAGGAAAGGGCUUUGAGCCAACCAUUGAUGCCUUGUUUGGAAAGAACGGGUUCUUCCCCGACACCGUGUCCAAAGCUAUGUAUUGGGCUGUAGACAACGUCCCAGAGCUGAACAAAUGGGUUAAUUUCCCGGAGUCUGAGACACGCAAGGUUCCAGAAAAUCUUGUCAGAGAAAUCGUCCGCAACUUCAACAAGCUGAUUAAAGAUCUGCAGAAUCAAGAGGCCCCAGAAGCCAUGGCCUACCUGAGGAUCAUGGGAGCUGAGCUCGGCUACAUCAAGGGCACUGAGCUGAAGGCUAUUGCUGAUAACGCAAUGAUGUAUGCAGAUAUUUUGAUGAGGGUCAUCCCCACUCAGGUUGUGGCUAAGCUGAUGUCCAGCACUGACAAUGAGAUCUUCGCCCAUUACAUCUUCAUGGACAACAAAUUCAUCAUGCCAACAGCCUCUGGUUUGCCACUGACAUUCGCUCUGUCUGGCACCUUUACUCCUGGCGCUAAGGGAGGCCUUCGAUUUGCCCCAAGAAUGAAGGAGCUGGUGUUUGCACCCUCUGUUGGAGUUGAAUUUGUGACUCAGAUGGGAGUCAAUGUCCCUGAAUUUGUUGUGUCCACUGUUGAGAUGCACACCAACAUGUACCAUGAGAGCGCUCUCAAUGCCAAGAUCACCAUGGAGGAGAACCAGAUCAAGCUUUCCAUCCCCGCCCCACAGGGCACCACAAAGUUCUUCAGCAUCAGCAACAAAGUGAUGAUUGUGGGUGCUGGUCACGCUACAGUGAUCCCACACUCACUGGGUGAAGCAAGCUGCAAUCCUCUCUUCUCUGGAAUCAAAUACUGCACAAAAACACUCCGUGCUGACACUGGCGACAAGACUGCUGUUCCUUACUUCCCCUUGAAUGGAGAGACUAAGUUUUCUGUGGACAUCAAGCCCACUAAUGAGGUCUCUGAGUACACAGCCACCAUUGCCUAUGAUCUCCUCAGCGAAGGAAAGGACGGUCGCCAGAAGGUCGAUUCUUUGAAGUUUGCCCUGAGAGCUGAGGGUGCUCAGCCCACUGAGGCUACAGCCACCAUGAAAUACAACAGGAACAGGAAUGUCUUUACCACCCAUAUUGAGAUACCUGACUUUGAUGUUGAGGCCGGCAUUAAGGUUGGCAUGACCUCCAGCAGUGCCAAAGGCAAAGCCAUCACCCUCGAGAUCUCCAACAAGAACGUGCCCCAGGUCUCUUUGAUUGGCCGUGCCAAGCUUCAGGCCAUGACUGAUGGCAUGCUGCAGGUUCAGCUGUUAGUGCCCUCACUCGAGACUGACGCCGCCAUUACCGCCACCAUGAGCCACCCUGGCGUAUUCACUGUGGAGAUCAAGAGUGAUGUCAAGCUGGCAGAGACCUCCUCUGUUCAGGCAGUCACAAUCAAAUACUGUGUAGAGCAGGCUGAGGUUCAGUUGAUGUCCAACAUAAAUGCUGACACAAAGAUGAUGGUAACUUCCACCAAAGCCCUCCAGACCUGGUUUGUUCUGUUUGUGGAGGAAAUCAUGGACCAGCAGGUUGUCAAGACUGACAUGAAACUGCGUCAUAUCUUCAACAAGGCUGUUGAGGCCAGCAAUAUCUAUAUGGACAAGAUCACAGCUGACGUUCCCUAUGUUGAGACUCUGAGAAACAAAAUGGCAAAUGUGGAAAUGCCUGAAAUGCCCACCAUGCCUGAAAAACUAUUCAUGAACCUUGAAAGUGCAUUCAAAUACCGGUUCAACUUGGAGCGUUUGAUCAUGACCAUCCCUCUGCCUCUUGGAGGCAAAUCAUCUGAGGAGCUGAGGAUUCCUCCAAUGGUCACCUCCCCACGCAUCUCCGUGCCUCAGCUGGGUAUGGAGAUUCCCUCACAGGAGAUCCAGAUCCCCACUUUCACUAUUCCUGAUGAAUACAAUCUCAUCCUGCCUCUGAUGGGCGUGGCCGAAGUGUCUGCCAAGGUCAACAGCAACUAUUAUAACUGGGAGGCAACAGCAUUUGCUGGUAACGAUACAGAAGAUUCUCCUACCUACUUUGCCAAGUUCAGCAUCCUGGCUGAGAGUCCAAUCGAGCUUCUCGCCUUCAAAACUGAGGGAGCUGCAACAAUCACCGACACAGCAGAGAAAACCAUGAGACUCGCCAUUGAAGGUUCCCUGAACCACAUGCUAAUGAACACAGGUUUCAAUGUGCUGGAAACCAUUGCUGUCACAGACAAUUUAAUGUCAACAGGAAAGUACAAUGUGUUUGCCAUCUCUCCUGUGGGUCUGGACACCUCCCUGACUGUUACCACCCAGGCUGGCCUCGACUCAAACAUGCUCUCCGGGGAUAUCAACAUAGAUGGAAGUGUGACUGUUGGACCCCUGACUGCCAGCACCACCUAUCUCCACACUUUCUCUGUUGAGCCAGCAAAGAAAGAAGCAAGACUAGAAAGCACACUGAGGGUCAACUCUGAAAUCCUGAAGCUUAUGAACAAGAUCAAGGCAUCAUAUGCAAAUGAGGAGCUUCUGAUUGAGUCAAACACCAACAUGAACAGUGACCCCAUCAAGCACACCACCAAAAUGAGCCUGAACUACAAGGAUGUCAAGCUGACCAUGCAGUCCGACUCUGUGACCAAGGCUGAUGAGCGAAUGCUUCGUAGUCAGAUGGCAUUCUCCACCUCUGACGGACAGGCCACCCUCAGGAUUGAGAAUCAAGCUGAUGACACCGAGAACCGUGCCUACUCUUUGGUCACUGGGUCCAUGAAUCCCUCAGGUUUGGAGAUCAAUGCUGAUGCCUCCUUGAACAUCUAUUCAAGCCUCGCCUCUCACAAGGCAACUUUGGCCUUGAAUAGCAAUGGCCUGAUCACCAGCUGUACAACAACUGCCCAGUACAGCCCAAUGACCUUCGAGAAUGUUUUCCAUGGUGGAAUUGAUACCACUGGUGCCACAAUGUCUCUCACCACUAAGGGAGGCAUCAAGGACAACAAAGCUGAGCUCAGUGUUGAGGGUAAGUUGGCCAGCACAGAAGUGCAUCUCAACGGCAUCUUUAAGGGAAACCUCUUUGACAUCGACACCAGGAACAGAGUGAACUUCAGAGUGAACGAAGAUGGCUUGAUCCUCUCCAACAACAUUGUCGGAUCUUUCAACGAGAUGAGGACCGAGAACACCCAUUCACUGUCUCUUACGCUGAGAUCUUUCACCCUCAACUCCAAGACUGACAAUGUCCUCAACCAGAAGAACUCCUACAUGCAUGACAUCACAGUUAACAUGGAGCGUUUCAUUGCCUCAGUCAUGGUGAAAAAUGACCUGAAGAUCAUGGCAGUUAACUUUGUGAAUGAUGCCCGGUUCAAGGCAGAGCCCUACAACAUGGAGCUGACUGGAACAAUGACCGGAGUCUUCUCAGAGGAAGAGCUCAAGCAUACUUAUGAAGUCAAGUUUGUUGACAUGGUCCUCUCUGCCAAGUGCAACACCAACGGUAGACUUCUGGGAACUCACAUGACACAAACCACUGAUAUGGAGGUUGCUGGCCUGAGCAUGAAGUUCAACAAUGUGGCUAACUUCAACUCACCAUAUCUUCAUCUGGAGAGCACAGUCAAAACUGUUGCUGAACCCUUCACUCUGAACAUUGAUGCCAUUUUCAACUCUGAUGGAGCUGUGUAUCUGUACGGACAGCACAGCGGUGAACUGUACAGCAAAUUCCUCUUGAAAGCAGAACCCAUGGUGUACACACAUUCAUUUGAGUACAGAGCCUCAACCACUCAUGAACUUGAGGGCAGGCCCACCAUCAAGACCAACAUGGAAAACAAGUUCAACAGCAUGCUGAGCCUCCAAGAGCAAAGUUUAACACUGAAGAUGACAUCCAAAGUAAAUGAGCACACACUUGAUCAGGAAAUGAGUGCCUAUAACAAUGUAGAGAGAAUGGGAAUUGAGAUGAUGGGAGCUGCCUCAACGACCCUCUUCAGUGAUGCAAGUGAAGAUUACACCAUCUCUGGAUUUGUGAAAUAUGACAAGAACAUGGACAGCCACUUCAUCCAGAUCCCAUUCAUUGAGCAUCUGCCAGCAGUUAUUGAAAAUGUAAAGACCACAGUGAUGAGGCUGAUGGACCAGAGCAUUGAGAUGGUGAAAGACAUCAACACCAGGUAUGAGAUCAGUGCCAAGUUUCAGAACAAAUUGUCUGAACUGAAGGAGGUAAUUGAUAACUUUGACUUCAACCUAUUUGUCCAAGACCUGAGGAAGUAUAUCAGCUCAGUGGAAAACUAUGUGACCAACCUGACAGCCAAAUUCCCAGCUGACAAAGUCAUGAAUGUGGUGAAAUCAAUGAAAGACGCUAUCGUGGCUUGGCUCAAGAAAUAUGACAUUGCUAACAAGUUCAAUGCAAUUUAUGCCAAAGUAGAAGAGAUCCUGUCCAGCUAUGAGGUUGAGAAGAUGAUUGCAGCCAUCAUGGAUGAGAGUGUUAAAAUUAUGAAGCAGUAUCAAGUGAGGGAAAAGAUUCAGUCUGCAUUUGCUGCUCUCAAGUCAGUUGACAUCCAGCCUGUGCUCGAAAGAGUUAUGGUGCCUGUUCAGGAGCUUGUGAAUGAGCUGUAUUCCUUCAACUUCAAACAGCUGAUUGAUGACAUGAGCGAAUAUUUCAUGAGAAUGCUUCAGAAGAUCAAAUCAUUUGACUAUGACACAUUCACUAUGGAGCUGAAAGAGAAAGUGGCAGAUAUGACCAAGAUUCCCUGCUUUGGAAAACUCUACGGAGAGGUCAGUGUCAACUCACCUCAUUAUAAAAUCAGGACCACUGCUGACCUGGAAAACACCACAACUGACUCAGAAACACCAGAGUUCAAAAUGAACCUUAACUCACGGGCUUCAUCCACUUUGAGAGUUCUUGACUUCACAGUAGAUGCCAGUGUUCAUGUCGCUGCACCCAAGAUGAGUCGUCUGUCAAUCUCAGAGAACAUCAAAGUUGACCAGUCAAGCAUUACACUCGACCACAAGGGAACAAUGACCCUCUACGGCUUGUCAGCUCAGGCUUCUGCUGAAACCACCGCAAAGGCCGACACUGAGCCCUACGUUGGAGAGCUUUUCAACAGUGCAUUCUUUGCCAUGGAAAAUGGAGUUUCUGCCAAUGUAGAGACUGACUACAAGCACAACAUCAACAUGCCACUCAUCAACAUCUUCAGUGAAACAUCAAUGAACCAAAAGACCCUUUUCAAGCUUGAGGAAGGCACUGCCACACUGACCAUCAACAAUCUAGCUAAUGGAAAAUACGCAGUCCAGGACUUCUCGGAUGAAGCAACCCACAAGAGUGACAUGGAGGUGGUCAUGGAUCUCCACACAGCCAAAGUGACUUUCAUUGGAGAAACAGGCAGCAGCGUAUUCAAAAUGAAUCAAAAUGUGGUUGCAGAUAUUUGCAUUUUCCGCCACAUAAUUGUCAACAUCCUGGCUGAGACAGAAACACCCAUCAUGAAGGCCAGCAUUGCAGACAUCAAGUUCCAGGCUAAGGUUGAAGACAUGAAAAUUGAUUUCACUGCCUCUCACAAUGCAGGGCUGACCGGACCAGUUGAGGGAACUCUCUCAAGCUCUAUGCUCGCUUCAGUUACACCAGCUGAGCUUGUGUUUGACACCAAGAACAAGGGAAAUGUCAAGGUUGCCCUUCCAUUCAGCCUGUCUGGAAAGGUGGAUCUCCAGAAUGAUGCCUCCCUUAUCCUGAACUCUGAAGUGCAACAAGCUAGCUGGACUGGUCUGGCAAGAUUCAACCAGUACAAGUACUCCCACUAUUUCACCAUGGAUAAUGGUGACAGCGAAAUCAGCGUAUUCUCCCAGAUUAAUGGAGAGGCCAAUUUGGAUGUGCUGAAGCAACUUAUCACCAUUCCUGAAAUCAAUGUGCCAUUUGUUGGUUUUAAGACACCAAGAGUUCAAGACUUUUCACUGUGGGAAAACACUGGCCUGAGCAACAUCCUGACCACAACUCAGCAGACAUUUGACAUGAGCUCCAAGCUGAAGUACAUGAAGAACCCUGAGAUGAUCACCAUUGACAUUGACAUGGAUCCAAUCAUCAAUGCCAUUAAUAGCAAUGUCAAGACUCUGCACAAGAAAGUGCUCAUCAGCAAGGACAAGGCUGCUGACAUGCUGGCUAACUCUUACAACAAAGCAAAGGCUGAGUAUGAGAAAUAUAGCAUUGAGCUGCCCAAAACCAUCACAGUCCCUGCUUACAGAGUUCCAGUGAUGAAUGUUGAGGUUUCCACAUUCACUAUUCCUCUGCCCGACUUCAGUCUCAUCACAAUGCCCGCUCUGCAUGUCCCAUCUGCCCUCAGCAAGUUGACCCUGCCAAAAAUCACUCUGCCCAAAAUCCAGAACAUCAGGAUCCCAAAAAUGGGUGAUCUGACCUACGAGCUCUCUGUGAAAACAGCGAUGGUCACACUGAAAACUGAUGCCAGCAUCCUCAACCAGGACAGCAUCGUCAUCAAACUUGAUGCUUCUUCAACCUCUGAAUUUGAGUUUCUGAAUGGAAGAAUUGAAGGCAACAGCAACCUGAACACAGUUGAUGGAUUAAGAGUGGCCUCUGUCCUGUCUGUAAAACAUUUAAUGCUCGAGGGAAACCACGACAGCACUAUCGUCCUCAGCUUUGACAAUGUUGAUACCUCCAUCACCAAUUCAGCAAAGGUCAAUCUGCCUGACACGACUGUGGAAAUCUACCAGGAGAUUGCUGGAAACCCAGAAGAAGGCCUUGUUGUCUCUUUGUCAGCUCCAUCUGCAGGGCUCAUCGCUCUUCAGAUGCAGACCAAGCGCCCAGCACAAGUGAAAGCAAGACUCUAUGGUCGCUACCCGUCUGAGCCAACAACUGACAUUGAAAUCUUGGGUCUGAGGAUGUCUGUGGUGAAUGCUGAGAAGCUGAACCUUCAGACAAGCUGGAAUAUGGAGAUGCCCUAUGAGAUGAUGCUUCGUCUGCAAGAACAGGUGCCCGUAAUCAUGGAGGUGGUGUCUGAGCCUGCAAUCAGGGCAUACAAGAUUGUCUACAAACAGGCUAGCAGGCUUGAGGGUUCUUUUGAGGAGGCAAAGGAGCAGGGAAAAGUGAUGUUCAAGAGAGCUGUUGACAAUCUUGCAAGAGUAAAUCCUUCCAAUGUUAUGACCACUGUCACAGAUAAGACCAUUUUGAUCCUCAAAGAAUACCAAAAGAAAGUUGAAAUUGUCCUGGAUGCUGUUGUUAAAUUCCUGAGAGAGACCAAGUUCCAGAUCCCUGGUUAUGAGGAGAGGCUGUCUGGGCUUGAGGUCUAUCAGAAAUUCAGUACUUUUGUUGCAGAUGUAUCUGAGGAGGCUGUUCAAAAGGUUCCAGAGUACUUUGCCAUCAUGUUUACAUCAGUCAUUGAUCGUGUAAAAGCCACUGAAUUCACUCUUCCUGGCUCUAACUAUGUUGUCAUUGGAAGAGAAAUUCUUGAUGACUUGUUUGUAGCUUUGAGGAAAAUUCAGGACCAGGUAAUUGUCACUGUGAGGAAACUGGGGGAUAUCCAGCUGGAAGAUAUCAUUAACAAAUUCUCUGCAUUCAUUCAGUUUACCAUUGAACAAAAUGAGAAGUUCCUCCAAACUCUAAAAUCUCAGAAUGUAGAGAGGUUCUCAACCUUUGUGACUGAUGUCUACAAUGAUGCCAUGAACUCCCAGGUCCUUGCUGAUGUUGCCAAGCAGGUUGAAUCAGCCCGCAGAAUUAUUAUGGAAUAUGUAAGAGCCGUGAGAGCUACAGUCCAGAAUAUUUUGGCUGACAUGUCUUUUGAACAGCUUCAAGCUGACAUCCAGUCCUGGAUUGGCUUAUUGGUAAAACGUGUCAACGCUUUCCAAAACAAUGUCAUUAAAACCCUGAAGGAGAUUAGCAAAAAUGUUGAACCAUUUGUGAGAGUAGGUGACAGACAGAUGGAGGUUGACAUUCCUUUACCAUUUGUUGCCAAAUUCAACUAAGUGACCAUGGCUAACUAACAGUGUUUGUAUUGACUGUGUCUGUUGUGUAACCAUCUAAGACACUGUUAAAUGUGUUCUACCAAAAAAUACAAAGUUGUAUUCUAACAACUGUUAUCUGUAUCCUGUUUGUCUCUCUCUCGGUUUUUCAAAUUAUUAAUUUCUUUGUAUUUCACAGUAUACUCCCAGUUGUUUUGACCCUACUGUGCUCCCUUUGUGUGUCUUGUACUAUUUAAAAACAAUAUGUGGCCCUCAAUAAAGACAGUUUGUACUGCAUA